GCUAACGAAACUAAACCGGUUUACAACCUUGGUUAAAAGAACCACAUUAAAAAACCAACGCUAGCAACUAGCAAGGAGCCGCAUUUCCCCCUUCUCUUAGGUCGCAAGUCUCUUCCUCAGCAGACGCCAGACGAAGCCCUAACACAAAGUCUCGUAACAGUAAGCCCAUGAAACUUGAAAACCCCAGAAAAACCCUAGAGAAACAAAACGUUGAAAUUUCUUCUAAUCAUUCUCAAUAUCUCUUCUUUCUACGUAGAGCCAAAAGGCAGGAAGCCGAAAGCUUUUCAAGACGGCAAAAAUGGAGGCGGAUACAGUAGUCAACAACGUCAUCUGCCAAUUCACUGACCCUGAAGGGAACUCUCUUGGACCUCCUCUGUACCUGCCACAGAACGCUGGCCCUCCUCAGCUUCAACAAAUCGUUAACGAGCUUCUAAAGAAUGAAGAGAAGCUCCCAUAUGCUUUUUACAUAUCAAACCAGGAGCUUGUGGUGGCUCUUGAAACCUACUUAGAAAAAAACAAAGUUUCUGUGGAGAAGGUACUGCCCAUAGUUUACCAGCCGCAAGCUGUCUUCAGAAUUCGUCCAGUUAAUCGUUGUUCGGCUACCAUUGCUGGCCACUCUGAAGCUGUACUUUCAGUCGCCUUCAGUCCCGAUGGACGGUAUUUGGCUAGUGGCUCUGGAGAUACCACUGUCCGCCUUUGGGAUCUUAAUACUCAGACCCCUAUGUUUACUUGCACAGGACACAAGAACUGGGUUCUCUGCAUUGCAUGGUCACCUGAUGGUAAGCAUCUUGUAAGUGGGAGCAAGGCUGGAGAGCUUCAGUGUUGGGAUCCUCGAACAGGAAAGCCAUCAGGCAAUCCACUUUCGGGCCACAAGAAAUGGAUUACUGGCAUCUCCUGGGAACCAUUGCACUUGAACUCUCCAUGCUCUCGGUUUGUUACUGCUAGCAAAGAUGGUGAUGCACGGAUAUGGGAUACAACAUUGCAUAGAAGUGUUAUCUGUCUUAGUGGACACAAGCUUGCUGUGACUUGCGUAAAGUGGGGUGGAGAUGGAAUAAUUUAUACUGGCUCCCAGGACUGUACUAUCAAAAUGUGGGAAACUACCCAAGGGAAGCUAAUUCGCGAGCUGAAGGGUCAUGGCCAUUGGGUUAACUCACUUGCAUUGAGUACCGAAUAUGUGCUUCGAACAGGAGCUUAUGAUCAUACUGGGAGAACAUACUCGUCACCCGAGGAAAUGAAAAAGGUUGCUUUAGAAAGAUACAACAAAAUGAAAGGCAGCGCCUCUGAAAGGCUCGUCUCAGGUUCUGAUGAUUUCACCAUGUUCCUCUGGGAACCUGCUACUAGCAAACACCCUAAAACUCGUAUGACAGGUCAUCAACAGCUUGUAAAUCAUGUUUAUUUUUCACCUGAUGGCCAAUGGGUGGCUAGUGCAUCUUUCGACAAGUCUGUUAAGUUGUGGAACGGCAUCACCGGGCAAUUUGUUGCGUCUUUUAGAGGCCAUGUUGGUCCUGUUUAUCAAAUCAGCUGGUCUGCUGACAGUAGGCUUCUACUGAGCGGGAGCAAGGACUCGACGCUGAAGAUAUGGGAUAUACGCACCCGGAAGUUGAAGCAAGAUCUUCCAGGCCACGAGGAUGAGGUCUUUGCUGUUGAUUGGAGUCCCGAUGGUGAGAAAGUAGCUUCGGGAGGUAAGGACCGCGUACUGAAAUUAUGGAUGGGCUAGCAAUCGGAACACCCAAAACAAGCAAAAAGGCUGCAAACUUGACGUGGUUGAACGUUGAAGAUAGAGAAGUUAUAGUGAUCCCGCCUUUCAGUGGCUAGCAAUUUUGGGGGUCAGUGCAAGUUAUUGCCUUCAGCUAAUAGCUCGCGAACAAGCAAUCUCCGAAAACCACGAGUGGUGAGAGCUCUUUUCUCACUGGUGCUGCAGUAAAGCCAGUAGUGCAGCCAUUGCAGUGAUUUGCUGAUGUGUGAAAUCGUGUUUCUGGUAUUACUGUGUCAAGUGUCGUGUUUUUGGAGGCAAGUCACCUGACCUGAGUUCCCUCUUGCAUUAAGAUGAACAAGGCGAGAUGGAAAACCUGUUGAUACUUUUGUCUUUCGAGUUUGAUCUGUAGAUAAGAAAGGUGAUUGUGUAUC